AUGUCUGAGUGCACCGUAUACUCUUCAUGUGGCCGCUACGUGGUACGGUUUGCUACGGAUGCGAAGCAACCACUGCUCCGCCUUACCGUCACCAGAAAUGCAUCAAGACCCAUCAAAGGUGACGCGUCGGCCGCCGACGACAGCGUCUCUGUGAAGACGCUCGUUACCGCAGCCCCUGAGCCUCUCACGUCUUCCUCCGCGCACCACCCGCUGCGGCUUGCUGCGUCGCUCACGGAGAUGGACGUGCUCGCACUGACAACGUCCGCUGGCGUCCGCAAAUCCUUCGAAAAAUUUGCGCAGAUGCUGUACGACGCGCUUAUUGGCCGCUCUCCGUGCGUACGCUUUUUCGUGGAGACGGUAGCGGAGAUGAAGGAGCGCAUUCAGCGGGACGUACAGGGACAGACAACUCCGUCCCGGACCGCGCGCGGCACCGAGGCCCGGCCGAGUCGCAGACGCGCCGGCGAGCUAGACAUCGACACAGCUGCCCUCGCCUCUUUAACGAUGACGGGGAAUGACGUCACGGCCAACCCUGACAAAGGCCGUAUUCGCACCGCUGUCGGCGAUACAGUGAUUGAGCUGGACGAGGACAUCGCCAGCGAGGUUCUGGAGCAGCGCUUCUUGACACUGGACUACGACGUCGAUUUUACUCGCGCUAUCUUUCCUAUUCCGCUCCACACUGGUGGCUCAGAGGGGGCGUCUGCAGAGGGAGCCGACGGCGUCUUGUGUGCACGCACGGAUACGGCAAGCGCUUCUCCAGCCAAACUAGCUGAGGCGACUUUAGAGCCCUUUGUAGUGCGUUCCUCCCUUCCCACAACUGUUUCAGAGGCAGACGCACUUCGCCACGAUCUGCUCCGCGCCCGAUCUCGUCUUUCCCAGCUCGAAUCCGAAAACGCGAAGCUGAGGCGGGAGAACGAGGCGCUGGUGCAGCUGAGCCGGCACAAGAUGCACGAGAUGCAGCGGCUGUGCAAAGACUUCCAGCAGCAGGUGCAACUCGCUGCGGAUGCGGAGAAGCUGAGAGCCAGGAACAAAGAGUUGCGAGUGCAGCUGCAGGAAGCGCUAGAGAGUCAGCGGACGGCCCGGCGCACUUUAGAGCGCGGGCGCAGUCAGCAUCGUUUUCCGCAACCCGCUAGCGCUGUCACCGGUGGCGGAGGCAGUGCUUACCGGUCUGCGAGUGGCCAGCGCCGCGGCGAGAACCCGUAUCUGCGCUCGCUAUCUCGCGAAUCAGACGGCGGCUACGUCGGAGUGUCGUCGCGACCGCCGUACGGCAGGCAGCGGUCGGCAGGCAGUGCCACGUCCCGUGCAUCAGCGACGCGACGUGGGCAGACGCUGGCGUCUCCGGCACCUCCGCCCGCCGCCUUGCGUGGCAGUCAUGCGCAGCGCGCGCCUUCCUCAUCGUCCACAAACCGGCGCCGCUCUACGCGGUUCGACACACCACCGCCACUAUCAGAUCCGGCUGUCUCCACCGCAGCAGCUUUUCUUCGGCGCCAAUCACGCAGCCACAGAGGCGAUGGUAGUAGCAGCGCGAGAGACGGGGAUGGCGACUCACCGGCACCGCACGGUCGCACCGGCGGACGACCAGAGAAGGUACGAAAGCCCCAGCGCCGGGGCAGCAGUGGUAGUGGGUCGCAUGGUUCGCGGGCGUCCUCAACACACUCGCUGCCGCGACGAGGGCCCAGCUUGUGGGCUGAUAGCAGCGCCCACGCAAGUCCGUGCGGCUCUGUGGCCUCCUCGCGAUGCUCGAGCGCAAACCAUGAGCGUCUUUACCGCACUGCGACGGCGAGCAGCCGGAUGCAUCAAACACCAAAGGCGCACCCCCUUGACAGUGCCACCGCAACUCGGCGAGCCGUGUUUCACUGA